AGGGGGAGGUCCUCCAGCGGACUGUUUUUAUUUAUUUCUUUGUUUCAUGUGCAUAAAACAACAACAAUGGUGGCUAAUUGAGGGAGAGGGAUUGUUAGAAUGAGCGGAUGACAUUUCCAGUUACAGCCACCAGACCGAUAUCACCAGUGAAUUAACCGGGGGAGGAUGAAGCGGCGCAAUGCGGACUGCAGCAAACUCCGACGGCCGUUAAAACGGAACCGAAUCACCGAGGGUAUAUAUAGCAGCACCUUCCUGUACCUGAAGUUCCUGGUGGUGUGGGUGCUGGUUCUGCUGGCCGACUUUGUGCUGGAGUUCAGGUUUGAGUACCUGUGGCCUUUCUGGCUUUUCAUUCGAAGCGUCUACGACUCCUUCAGAUACCAGGGCCUGGCCUUCUCCGUUUUCUUCGUAUGUGUGGCGUUUACGUCGGACAUCAUCUGCCUCCUCUUCAUCCCCGUCCAAUGGCUGUUCUUCGCUGCCAGCACCUACGUAUGGGUCCAGUAUGUCUGGCACACGGAACGAGGAGUCUGCCUACCCACCGUGUCGCUGUGGAUCCUGUUUGUGUACAUCGAAGCUGCCAUACGGUUCAAAGAUCUGAAGAACUUUCACGUGGACUUGUGUCGACCCUUUGCUGCUCACUGUAUCGGCUAUCCAGUGGUCACCCUGGGCUUCGGCUUUAAGAGCUACGUGAGCUACAAGAUGAGACUGAGGAAACAGAAGGAGGUGCAGAAGGAGAACGAGUUCUACAUGCAGCUCUUGAUGCAGGCCUUGCCGCCAGAGCAACAGAUGUUGCAGAGACAGGAGAGGGAGGCAGAGGAGGCUGCUUUGGCCAAAGGGAUCUCCGAGGUAGAACCCGCCGUUGUGUCCCAAAACGGGGCACCUCCCGGAAAGAAAAGCCCCCCCGUCCCGCUGCCGGAGCUGGAGUACCGGGAAAAAGGGAAGGACAGUACCGCCAAGGAGGGCAAAAAACAAAACUCCAUUGGAAUCAAUAACAACAGCAUUAUACACACACUGGACUCCAAACUACAGGAGGGGGAGUACAUAGAGAACUACGUCGGGGCAAAGAGACUGAAUAACGACCUGGCGGGAGAGAACGCGUCGCACGGCGACGCCAACGCGCACGCCGCGUCUAAGGAGGAAACGGCGGGCGCCGGGAAGAACUACAAGAACGCCAACGUUUCCAACUCGUCCCCGCGGAAUCACAGCGCUUCGAACGGCGGCGUCGCCCCCGCUUCCUCCAGCGGGAAGAACGAGAAGAAGCAGAAGGGGGCGGGGAAGGGGCAGCAGAAGGACCCGGUGGAGAACUGCAUCCCCAACAACCAGCUGGGCAAGCCGGACGCCCUCGUACGGCUGGAGCAGGAUGUGAAGCGCCUGAAAGCCGACCUCCAGGCCAACAGGCAGCUGGAGUCGGACCUGCGGAGUCAGCUCUCCUCUCUGAGCAGCCAGGACCGCAGCCUGCGCUCCGAACUGGGCCAGCUCCGCCAGGACAACGAGCUGCUGCAGAACAAGCUCCACAGCGCCGUCCAGGUCAAGCAGAAGGACAAGCAGACCAUCUCCCAGCUGGAGAAGAGGCUGAAGGCAGAGCAGGAGGCCCGCGCCCUGGCCGAAAAACAGCUGGCCGACGAGAGGAAGCGGAAGAAGAUGGAGGAGGCCACCGCCGCCCGGGCCGUGGCGCUGGCCGCUGCCACCAGAGUGGAGUCGACCGACUCCCUGCGCGGGCGCAUCAGGGAGCUGGAGAACGAGUGCAAGAAGCUCGGCGUGGACCUGAAACUUAAGGAGGAGCAGAUCCGGGAUCUGGAGGGCAAGUGCCAGGAGCUGCGGAAGUACAAAGAGAACGAGAAGGACACGGAGGUGUUGAUGUCCGCGCUGUCGGCCAUGCAGGACAAGACCCAGCACCUGGAGAACAGCCUGAGCGCUGAGACCCGCAUCAAACUGGACCUGUUCUCCGCGCUGGGCGACGCCAAGCGGCAGCUGGAGAUAGCCCAAGGUCAGAUCCACCAGAGGGAGCAGGAGAUCGCCGAGCUGAAGCAGAAGAUCGCCGAGGUGAUGGCGGUGAUGCCCAGCCUGUCCUACUCCUCCGACGCCAGCAACCUCAGCCCCGUGGCCCCGCACUACUCCUCCAAGUUCAUGGACAACAGCCCCUCCUCCCUGGACCCCAACGCCUCUGUCUACCAGCCCCUCAAAAAGUGACUCCGCCCACCGCCACGGGGCGCCACACCACUCUGUCUCCCCCCCCCUUUUUACGUUGGCCAAGCUCUCCGCUUGUUUU